AUGCAAUAUUCAUUUACCGCCAUCACACUCGCCAUCUUGGCAACGGCCAUCCACGCCUCUCCUAUUCAGUUGGAGACAAGAGAUAUAAUAACAAUCGCCGAUCCUAACGCUGCCAAUAUCACAAUGCCCGCUCCUGCGGCGCCUCCAGCCGGUGCUCCUGCUCCCCCCGCACCCCCUGCUCCGCCAGCCGGUGGUCCAGCCCCUCCAGUCCCUGCUGCAAAAGGCAACGGCACAAUGCCAGCCCCGCCUGCCCCUCCUGCCGGCGGUCCAGCUCCGCCCGCUGAUGCAGCCAACACCUCAAAGCCAGCUCCUCCAGCCCCAGGUAGCAAAACCAACACCACCGCUUCCGCCCCCGAGGCCCGCGAUCUAACCUCCUUAUCUAUCACCGACACCCCUCAAGCAAACACCACUAGUUCUGCAAAUACCACCACCAUAACCGCCACUGUAACCGAUCCAACCACCAACACCACCGGUACCGUGUUCCCUGGAACCGCUGCAAAUUGCACUACAUUCUUCAUUGUCUCAAUGGGAGAUACAUGUGAUAUUGUUGAUGCGAAGAAUGGAAUCACGUUGGAUACUUUGAAGAGUUUGAACACCGAGAUUGAUUCUGGUUGUGCCAAUUUGAGUGUGGGACAAGCGCUUUGUGUCAAGACUUAG